UGCUGUGUGUUUUUUUUUCCUUUGGUCACCGGCUUUGAUCGUGGACCGGCGCCAUCUUGACGUCCAGAGUGCCGGCGGGAUGCCGGAUGUAGGCUCAGGUCAGACACAGCGUCAGACUGGACGGGGAGUGCGCCCGGACAGUCAUUCCGGAGUCGGUUUAGCGCCGGAGCAGUCGCUUACGUGCGCUCCCCAAAACAGGGAAGUUCCCACAGUCCACAGUCCGUGCCACUGUCGUGUUUGUGAGUGCGCCGUUCAAGAACCUGCCCAAUCAACCCCGUAAGAUCCAGCAUGCAGGCGAAGAAGCAACCCCUGCGGGAUCACGGACUGGCCACCAUCCUGUACACGUUCAUCGCGGCCCUCAGCUAUGUGGCGUGCGGUGCGAUGGUGGGCUGGAGCAGCGGAGCGCUGCACCGGGGCCGGUCGGGGCCGCAGCUGGACAACUGGACCAUCUCGCUGAUCGCGACGCCGGCCGCCGUGCUCGCGAUCACCGCGUGCUUCGUCCACCGGUGGUACCUGUGGAUCGGCACCAAGAGCUUCCUGCUGGCGGCGGCCCUGCUGUCGGUCGGUUCCGCCACCCUCGAGGCACUCGCCCCCUCCUUCGCGCCCUUCUGGUGCGCCAGCGUGUCCCGCGUCCUGGCCGGCAUCGGGGCCGGCAUCGCGUUCACGCUCGUGCCCUCGUACGUGGCCGAGCUCGGUGCGGCGACCGCGUGGCGCUCCCCGUGGCGUUCGCUCGUCGAUGAACUAGUGACGGCCGCCUUUCCCCUCGGCAUACUGCUCCGCUUCACCGUCGAUCUGCUGCCGGUGCGGGCGGAGCUGAGCCCACUGCUGUGCGGUGCGUUCGGUGUGCUCACCUUCGUCGCCUGCCUGUUCCUGCCCGAGUCGGCCCAGUACCUGUGCGCGGCGGGGCGCCCGGGCCGCGCCACCACCAUGCUCCAGCGGACCCACGGCACCGACCUCGCCACGCAGCAGGCGAUGCAGGGGCUGCUGGAGCGCUGGCAGCAGCGCUCGAACCCUGCGGCGUCGCCCUGCGGUCUGCUGGAGGCGGUGCGCCGCCAGGGUAACCUGACGCUGCUCCUGCCGCUGCUGGCCCUGUUCGCGUUCCAGGCCUGCGUCGGAGCCGUCCCGCUGCUGUUCUACCUGAGCGACGUCCUGGAGCUGAUCGGCGUGAACGGACACUCGGACCACGGGCUCUUCGGUGGCCAAGCGGCGGCCGCCGCCCUGCUGGCCGCCGUCUUCACCGUCACCGGGCCGCUCCUCGGGUGGCUGCUGCGCCAACGGCUGCAGGACGGCAACUCCCCGCACCGGGUGCUGCUCCUGACCAGCACCCUGCUGAUGGCGCUCACCAUGCUCGCCCUCGGCUGGCAGUGUCACGUCCGCGGUACCCACUCGCCGGCCCCCCACGUCCCCGUACCGGCGGCCCACCAAAACGGGCCACUGAUCGCGCUUGCCCUCUACUACACCUGCUACACCGUCGGCUUCCACCGGCUGCCGGGGAAGCUGCUGGACGCGGAGCUGGACGACGCGGAGCUGCGGUUCCCGCUGCACACCCUCGCCACGGCCAUCAGCUGGGGCACGGUGUACGUGGCGGUGCGGCUCCUGCCGGUGCUCCUGCGCGCCAUCGGCAUCGGCUGGCUGUUCUGGAACGUGGCCCUCGUCGCCCUGUUUGCGGUCGUCGUGCUCAUCGUCAGUCUGCCGUCGGGCGGUGACUGCCACCACCCGCACCGUCGACCGACCGACCUGCCGAUCUGCCGGUCGUGUGCGACCCCCUGCCCGCACUGUGCGUACAGCCACCCGCUCUGUGACCUACCUGUCGAUGCUAAGUCGUCGAACGUCUGACCAAUCCCAGACCACGACACCCGGCACACCAUUUCUUUCCUGUGACUCUCACGGACUCCACUAUGUGGACCCCUCCUGCUGCACUUGGCAGCUUAUUGUUAUACCUACCACCACCACAUGUACACCUCAAUAAAUGUAAGGGUUAGGGCUAAAAAGAAA